GUCGGAGCGUCAUAGUUGUCAUGCCUGCGGGGGAAGCUCCGGAGCCCCAGGAAACCCCAGGUUUCCCCCCCAGAUGCAUGAUUCCAAUCCCUGUCUGUUGCGAUAUGUAUAAACAACUGUUAGAGGCUGCUUGGCCGAAUCCGGAGCGAUUCACCCAGCUGGUAGCUACAUCCGGCGCCUCGCUCAGAUCCGUCCUCUCUUCCUUCACGAUGUACCCGCAAAAAAUCCUGAAGGUCGUUUCGGCGGCCUCGUUGCUGCUAAACGCGCAGCCAUCCACUGCCAACCCAAACUGCAAAAUCGCCCACGUUGAAGGAGAGUACGCCUACCUGCUCCCCCUACCCUUUGAGGGCAACCUGACGCAGGACUUCGUCGGCGGCACAACCGUGCAGAACAAGACGGUGGCCUAUGGCCUCGCCAACGCUCAGACAUCGCCUUUCGUGUCUUACAGCAAGGAGUUUGACGACCUACUCGGCGCCGCCUCUCUCGUGGCGGCCGUGCCCGAGGCUCCCUUCCCAUUCACGUGGGCCGGCGAGGCUGGAGUAUGGGUGCCGGACCACGACCAGGUGUGGUUCGUCUCGACCCUAUAUGGCGGACCCACGGCGCUAUACAUACUCUUCCUGAACAACAACACCGUCAUCAAGCCUGAGCUCAAGGCUACCGGCGGCUACGGCACCCAUAUCCCGCUGGCCAACCCCGCUGGCGGAUACUAUUUCAACGGCACCGUCUACUUGGCUUUGGUGGGAGAUGAGCGUGAACCUAGUAGUCUGGUCGCUGUUGACCCGGAUACGUUUGUUGUGACUCCGCUUGUCAACUCGUACUUUGGGUUGGAGUUGCCUCCUGUCGACGACGUGGUCGUCACGUAUGCUAACACUAGCCAGGGCGUUCAGAGACACAUUUAUUUCUCGACGCUCGAUCUCUCUGCCUUCGACCUGGAUGUGGGCCGUCCCGCGGCAGUGCUGCCAAAUGCCUUCUGGAUGUUCACCCCAGAGACCAAAACACUGCAGCCCGUCAUCCCCCGCGGGGAUGUCAUGACUCCCAACGGCGUCGCCGUCGACAAGGGCUUCCGGCAUUUGUUUGUGACCGAUACAACGGCCACUGCUGCAGUCGGUGGAGGGUCAAAGUGGAAUGUGACAGGCUCCCCAGCCAUCUACCGGUAUGACAUCUCGCCCGAGGACGGCCUAGUCUCGAACAGGGUCCUCUUCGGCAUCACCCGCGAGGGAGUGUCGGACGGUAUGAAGGUCGAUGACCAGGGCCGUGUAUGGACGGCCGAAUACGAGGGUAUUGUGGUGCGAAACUCAGUUGGGAAGGUAAUUGGGCUGUUCAAUAAGGAGGUCAUACUGGGCAGCAGGAACCCUGAAGUGGAGAUGGCCAACUUCGCCCUCGCAGGUGAUACUCUGGUGCUCCUGGCUGUGGACAAGGUGUACACGGUCAAGCUGGCUGAAACUGUCAUGAGCGCAGAUCGAUUCUUCUUGCCGGAAUAGUCGGGUUGGUCUGGGAGAAGCCUCCUCCUCGAUGACAUCUGAUACGUCUUGUCAUAAUCAGGAUGUAAAUAGCAUAAUUAUGUCCUCUGGUCUUCUGCUUCGGAACCCUACUUGACUGAACUCGGACCGUC